GAGACGGCGCUACGUGGUGACGCCUUACUCGCUCCCGCCGUCUGUAGUGUCCCUCGUAGGGAUCCGUAGCCGCGCCGUCGACGGCUGGAGGGUUGGGUCCACGCGCGCGCGAGAGUACGCGCAUGCGCUCCAGUUACCCGGAACUUGUGGAGCCGAAGUGGCCGGGGGAAGAAGAAGGAGGAGGCGGCGGCGGCGGCGGCGAGGGGGCAGAUACAUCUGCUAUCAUGGUGGGCGAGAGGCGGAAUGGAAAUCUGUUGGUGCACCUUGGGCCCAAACUGCAGGCCUAUCCUGAGGAGCUAAUUCGGCAGCGUCGUGGCCAUGAUGGACACACAGAAUACCUGAUUCGUUGGAGCAUCCUUAGCUUGGAUGACAGCAUAGGGAACAGUGCCAAUGCUGCUUCCGCUGAGAGCAAAACGGAGAAUAUUCUGAUGUGGAUGUCAGGAGAGGAAGUUUAUGCCAACUGCCCCACAUUACUGGGCAAGAGGAAACCUGAGGGGCAGCGGGUGAAGGAGGAGAAAGCACCUAGCACAUUUCCAUCUGAUGUUACACUGGAUGAGGCUUCACUGCUUGAGAUGAAGGCUGAUGUCAGGACCCUGGUGCAGAGGGCUGCUCGACAAAUGGCCAGGACAACAGGCCCAGAGUCCUCUAUCCUGAACACCAUCCAUGUGCUCAGUGCCUAUGCCAGUAUUGGCUCAUUGACAGGUGUCUUCAAGGAGACGGGCGCCCUGGAUCUGCUGAUGAAGAUGCUGUGUAAUGAGGAGAAGCAAAUCCGUCGCAGUGCUGGCAAGAUGCUAAGGGCCCUGGCUUCCCAUGAUGCAGGAAGCCGAGCUUAUGUUCUCUUGUCCCUGAGCCAGCAGGAUGGCAUUGAGCAGCAUAUGGAUUUUGACAGUCGUUAUACUCUCUUGGAGCUCUUUGCAGAGACGACAUCCUCUGAAGAGCACUGUAUGUCCUUUGAAGGGAUCCAUCUUCCUCAGAUUCCAGGAAAGCUGCUUUUUUCUCUAGUGAAGCGCUACCUAUGUGUUACUUCCCUCAUGGAUAAGCUGAACAGCACUACAGAACUGGGAGGGGAGCGCCAAGACUGUGCAGCCCCGAGUGCAAACUUUGGGGAAAGAAGCCGGGUGCAACGGGAGUUUGAUUUCAGCAUGGCCAUGGCUAACCUCAUUUCAGAACUGGUGCGGGUCAUGGGCUGGGACCGCAGCCAAGAGAGGGAACUUCUUUCCUUGAGGGACACACAGCCUCGAGUAAUUCGGUCUAUCUUCCAGCCCAAGGGCCCUACAUGUACUGCUGUUCAGGUGCCUAUGGUUACUCCAAAGCCUUCACCACGGAAAAAGCAAGGGCAGGGGUUCUUGACUUUGUCAGAUUUCUCCAGCCGCAACAGCUAUGUAGAGUACGUGCAGGAGAAUCUGAAACCAGGGAUGACUGUGCGUAUGCUGGAAGAUUAUGAGGAGAUCAACGCCGGAGAUGAGGGUGAAUUUCGCCAGAGCAAUAGCGGAAUGCCUCCUGUACAGGUUUUGUGGCAGUCUACAGGCCGCACCUACUGGGUGCAUUGGCACAUGGUAGAGAUUACUGGCUCUGGGGAGCAGCCUGAUGAAGAGGCUGCCCAAGAAAAGGUAUCCAGUCUAGCAGAGAACCUGAAGCUGCCCACAGUUACCCAGACAUUCUACUGCAAACCACUUGGGGGAUUGUACUCUUUGCCAUACCUGCCAGAUCAGAGGAGUGAGAACUCUGGAACCCUGAGCCGGGCCGAAUGGUGGGAGCUUCUCUUCUUCAUUAAGAAGCUAGAGCUGCAUGAACAGCAGGAAGUUGUUCACUACAUCCAGCAGAACCAUGAAGAGCAGCUGUCAGAGUUGGAUGAGGAGGGCCUGAUCCAGUUGUCUGUGUCAGUCGAGUUGGCUCAGAAAGUGCUGCAGCUCUUGAACAAGCAGUGCCAGGGCUGCACCCGGAGCGACCUGCAGAGUUCCCACGUCUCUCUCAAGUAUUCUUUCAACAAAGGAGGGACAGAACAGAAUGGCCAAAAUGUGGACUUGGCCCCUGUGGACUCUAGCAGCCUUUCUGAAGCUGUGGCUCCCACAAAGCCAAAGAAGGAGUCACACUCUGCUGAAGUGCCUUCUCCAGCUCCAGCAACAGUAGAGAAAACUGACACACAGCUGAUUAAUGAGCUCCUCAAAGUGGAAGGGCUUUCCUUCCCAGACACACUGGAUGAGAAGGCCAAAGCAUUCUCCAGUGUGAAGGUGACAGGGAAGAGGAGCUCCUUGGAGAAGCUAGCAGAUGUUGUGGACAUAAUCCAGAAAUCUAGUUCUGAGGUUGGGCUGCAGAUGGCUGGUCUCCGAUUCAUCACCAAGAUCUUGGAAGAGGAGCCUAGUCAAGACAGACAGGUCAUCAAAGUAGAUGGUGGACCUACUGUCAGGGAGAAAAUGGUGAAGAUGCUUGUGGAGCUGCUGAGCAACCAAGUCAAAGAGAAGCUGCUGAUGGUGAUGGCGCUGCGACUACUUUAUGUGUUCAUGGCAAAGUAUGAUUGGCGAGUCCUUUUUGCCACAGAAGGUGGGGUACGUGCUGUGUUGGGCUGCAUGCAGGAGUACCCCACAUCAGCAUUGGUGCAGCAGGCUGGCCUGGCGGCCUUGAAAGUACUGGUUGGUGCUGGAAAUUGUGAGCUGCUGGGUACCAGUGGGAAGUCAUAUCCUUUGAACCACUCAGAUGCCCAGAUGAUGCGGGAGAUCUUUGCCAGCAUUGGCUCUGCUUCUAGCAAGGACUCUGAUAACUUGCUCUCUGCCAUCCGAACAGCUAUUGAGAAGGUGUUGGGCACACCUGGGGCCUCGUCAGCAGUGCAGAACGGGCUCUUGGUGUUGAACAUGCUGAUCAGCAAUCACAAGGGUCUGGCAGAGCAGCUGGAAAACUGUGACCUCUGCUCUGUCUUGUUGAGUUGCUGCCGCGCAGGCCAGAGUUCCAAUGAGAUGCUGGCUCGGAUAGUGCUCAACCGUCUGACUGAGCAUAAGCUGCCGCUGAGCCAGGAGAAUGCAGACUCAGAGACUGCCUUUGAGCUCAAGGAUAUGGAUGUACCAUCACUGCUGAAGAGCCUCCGUGAGACUAGCUUCUCAAAGGAGGUGGUGCUGGCACUGGAGCGCUGCCUUUGUGAUGAGGGUGUCUGCCCUGAAGGAAACGGCACAGAGCUUUUGCCGGACCGUGAGCACUUCUUGCUGCUGCUGAAAACGCUGGAACACCUGGGAGCUGAGAAGACAGUGCAGAUGGGCAUGCUGAGGAUUUUGAAUAAGUUUUUGGACAGUUCCCAAGAGGAUGCGCUGCCCUGGCAUGAGUGCAUUGAGCCUUGUCUGUCCUCUAUGUCUGCCCACAGCAAUGAGCGGGAGGUUGUACAGGAAUUCAUCCGUUUCCUGCAUCGUUUGGCCACCACCAACAAGGACUGUGCUGUGGUCAUGGGUCGUGUGGGCACAAAGGAGGCACUAACCAAAGCUAUGGACAAGCAUAACUCCAACCUGCUGCUAGUGACGGAGCUGCGUGACCUCGUGACUGACUGUGAGAAAUAUGCCAGCCUUUACAAGAAGAUGACAACCAGCAUCCUGGCCGGCUGCAUCCAGAUGGUUCUGGGUCAGAUAGAAGAGCACAGGCGUAGCCACCAGCCUAUCAACAUUCCCUUCUUCGAUGUGUUCCUGCACAAUCUUUGCCAGGGAUCCAAUGUGGAAGUGAAGGAGGAUAAGUGUUGGGAGAGGGUGGAAGUCUCUUCCAACCCCCAUCGUGCCAGCAAGCUGACGGACAGGAAUCCAAAGACAUACUGGGAGUCGAAUGGCAGCACUGGUUCCCACUACAUCAAUGUCUACAUGCACCGUGGAGUGGUGGUCAGGCAGAUGACUUUGCUAGUGGCUAGUGAGGAUUCCAGCUACAUGCCAGCUCGGAUUGUCGUCAUGGGAGGGGAGAACACAUCCAACAUCACUACUGAGCUUAAUACUGUGAAUGUUCUUCCUUCAGCAAGCAGAGUGAUUCUUCUAGAAAACAUGAUCCGCUUCUGGCCUAUCAUACAGAUCAAAAUCAAGCGUUGCCAGCAGGGUGGCAUCGACACGCGUGUGCGUGGCAUUGAGGUGCUGGGUCCCAAGCCCACCUUCUGGCCCAUCUUCAAGGAGCAGCUGUGCCGGCGCACCUACCUCUUCUACACCACAAAGGCACACACCUGGUGUCAGGAGAUCUCAGAAGAUCGGAUGCAGCUUCUGCAGCUCUUCAACAGGCUGAACAGCGCCCUGCGCCAUGAGCAGGUCUUUGCCGAUCGCUUCCUCCCAGACGACGAGGCUGCCCAGGCACUGGGCAAGACCUGCUGGGAGGCCCUGAUCACCCCCCUGGUGCAGAGCAUCACCUCCCCAGACGCCAGCGGCAUCAGCCCCCUCUCGUGGCUCCUGAGCCAGUAUCUGGAGAACCUGGAGGCAGGCCGGAGCAGCAAGAGCCGAGCUGCCGUCUUCAACUCCCGUGUGCGGCGUCUGAGCCACCUGCUGGUGCACGUGGACUCGAGCAGCUCUGAGGCCGAGGAGCUGAAGCCCCCCGUCAAACCCAACGGGAAGAACGGGAAGAACAAGGAGUUGAGCUCUGGGGCUUUUAAGCCAGUAGUGAAGAAACCCAGCAGUACGACGGGCAUCACGCAGUGCUGGAAAGGGGUGGUCCAGCAGCAGGUGAAGCGGUUCCUGGAGUCCUCGUGGCAGAUGCCCGACUUCGUGGAGCGAUACUGCAACAUCUACCUGCGCCUCCGCACCGCCAUGGAGGAGCUCUUUGGGCAGCAGAUGUCCUUCAUGCUGGCCCUGUGCCAGGGCUUCUCGGGGGGGCUCUUGCAGCUCUCCUUCCUGACUGCCAUGCAUGUGAGCGAGCAGUUUGCCCGUUUCAUCGACCUCUGGAUCCAGGAGAGCUGGGCGGACUCGGGCAACGUGGAGAAGCUGCGGCGCCUGCAGCAGAGCCUGGAGCCCAUCCUCUUCCUCUCGGGCCUGGAGCUGGCCAGCACCUUUGAGCACUUCUACCGGUACUACCUGGGCGACCGGCUCCUGUCCCAGGGCAAGACGUGGCUGGAGAGGGUGGUGGUGGAGCACAUUGGGCUCUGCUUCCCCAACCGCUUCCCUCAGCAGAUGCUGAAGAACCUGAGUGAGUUGGAGGAGCAGCAGCAGCAGUUCCACCUCUUCCAGCUGCAGCAGCUCGACCAACACCUGCUGGGACUCGAUCAGGAUGGGGGAGGCGAAGAGGAGGGAGAGAUGAUGGAAGUGGAGCCAUUCCAUCAGGAGGUAGAGGCGGAGGUGAAGGUGCUGGCGUUGUCUCCGCGCUGCUGGACCAUCUCCCCACUCUGCUACCUGGAGGACCCGGCCAGAUUUUUCCCACCUUCCCUGAGUCAGGACCUGGGCAAGUUUGCUGACUUCUACACCCAGAGUCAGAGCCGCUUUGGGCUGGAGCACUCGAAGCCCCGACGCUUACAGUGGACGUGGCUGGGCCAUGCUGAGCUUGAGUACCAGGGUUGCAUCCUGCACGUGUCUACCCUGCAGAUGUACAUCCUUCUUCGCUUCAACGGCGCUGAGGAGGUUUCUUUGGAGACCCUGUUAGAAGCCACAGGCCUCUCCCCUGUCCUCCUGGGCCAUGCACUGAAACCAUUGACAAAGGAGAAUGGGAUCCUCACCCAGAGUCAAAGUGUCUUGAGGCUGAAUGAGGGGACGCUGGCCCAAGCGUCUGGCCAGCGCCUUUGGCUGUUGCCCAAACAGACAUACUUGAAUGUGGAAGAGAAUGAGGGCAGUGCUCUGGAGAGGAAGAGGAACAUCAUCUGCUGCCUCCUCAUCCAGAUCUUGAAAGAAGAGAAAGAGAUCCACAUUGACAACCUCGUGUUCAGGGUGAUUGAUGCUUGCCAGAAGUGGGAGUCUGGCUUGGCUCCGAAAUUCUUGAGCUUCUGCUGCAGCAGCACCGAUGUGCUGUCCUGCAUCCUGCAUCUGCUGAGCCAGGGCUACAUCCGGCGGCAGGAGGACAGCCCUCAGCUCCUGGAGUACAUCUCCACAGAGCCCACCACACCUCACCGAGGCCAAGCUCAGCUCAUCUUCCAGAACGCUGAUUGCUGGAAGAAAAAAAUGCCUUCUGAUACAGAGACGGGCAACCAGUUCUCUCCUUUCCGGCUGGACACCUUUGGCCUUGGCACAGAAGAGGUGUUGAUGGAGACUGUGUUGUUGCCCAUGGGACGCACAAUGAACCAGGAAGAGGUUGAUGGGCUAAUGAACCAGAUAGUGCAGAGGGUCUCAGAUACGCUCAGUGUGUCUGCAGAUAUAGCCCAGCACCUGCUUAUACACUGUAAAUGGAAUGUGGAUGUGCUGAUUCAACGCUACACUGAGGAUCCAGAGCAGCUCCUGUUUUCCUCGGGUUUGCAAGUGCGGAACCCCCAGGCACCCUCAAGUCCUGUCACUCACUGCCCAGUGUGUGUGAAUCAGCUGAGUACAACAGACAAUCCACCCAUCCUCUGCUGCAUGCACUACUGCUGUAAGUCCUGCUGGAAUGAGUAUUUGACAACUCGGAUUGAGCAAAACCUGAUUCUGAACUGCACGUGUCCCAUCUCUGACUGCCCUGCGCAGCCCACUACUGAAUUCAUCCGCUCCAUCAUUUCCUCCAAGGAGGUCAUUGCCAAGUAUGAGAAAGCACUCCUGAGAGGUUAUGUUGAGUGCUGCUCAAACUUGACGUGGUGCACCAAUCCUCAGGGCUGUGAUCAGAUCCUCUGCAAGGAAGGCCUUGGGUGUGGAGAAGCCUGUUCAAAGUGCUCUUGGAUCUCCUGUUUCAACUGCAAUUUUCCAGAGGCUCACUAUCCUGCCAGCUGCAGUCACAUGUCCCAGUGGAUGGAUGAUGGCGGGUUCUAUGAAGGGAUGACUGUGGAAGCCCAAAGUAAGCACUUAGCCAAACUCAUCUCCAAGCGCUGCCCAAGCUGCCAAGCUCAAAUAGAGAAAAAUGAGGGGUGUCUUCAUAUGACUUGUGCCAAAUGUAACCAUGGGUUUUGCUGGCGUUGCCUGAAGCCUUGGAAGCCAACCCACAAGGAUUAUUACAACUGCUCUGCUAUGGUGAGCAAAGCAGCUCGACAGGAAAAGCGUUUCCAGGACUACAAUGAAAGAUGCACUUUCCAUCAUCAAGAAAGGGAAUUUGCUGUGAACCUGCGAAAUAGAGUUUCCACUAUCAGUGAUGUGCCAAAGAUUCGGACCUUGACAUUUGUUGUCGAUGCCUGCAAAAUACUGGAACAGGCACGAAAAGUGCUGGCUUACUCCUGUGUGUACAGCUACUAUAAUCAAGACACGGAAAAGAUGGAUGUCAUGGAACAGCAAUCGGAGAACCUGGAGCUGCAUACCAAUGCUCUGCAAAUCCUUUUAGAAGAGACGUUGCUGCAGUGCCAAGAUCUUGCCUCCUCCAUUCAGCUGCUUAAAGCAGAACAUUUUAAUACGGGUCUAGAGCUGGUGCGCAGGAUCCAGGAACGGCUCCUAGCAAUUCUGCAGCAUGCCACUCAGGACUUCCGUGUAGGGUUCCAGAGCCGGCAAGGCUCUGAACAAAGGGAGAUGAAGUUAUCCAAUGUGCCUAAUGCUGCUUCUGCUUAUAAACAGUUGCUUUUUGAUGAAACAUCUGAUUCACCGGACACAGAUGAUGGCGGCAAAGAAGAUGACGACGACGAGGAUGAGGAGUAUGUCCCUGAGUGGCAGGAGGAGUAUGAUGAUGAAGAUCUUGAUGAUGACAACAUUUCUUAUGAUGAUGAAUCAGAGAAUCUGGAGAGAGAUUCUUUCUUUUUUGAGGACGACGAUGAAACUUAUGAUUAGAGCUGGCUUUCUGGUGCUCCAAAUUCACCCAAGAGAAACUUGAAAGUGAAGCUUACCUGUCACUCAGAUGACUUACCUGUCACUUUCCCUGCUGCACUCUGUACACCUGUCAUGGUCAAAAACAGCAGGGAAAGGAUUAGAUUUCAGUCAGGUGGGAAGGAGCUGUAUGGUGGUUUACAACAAAAGGCACAUUCUUCUUUGGGAUUCCUGCCUUGUGACUCGUGAUAAAAUGUACAGGGAUGAUGUCCCUGGUUACAGUCGAACUUAAUCUAUUGUUGGCAAGAAAGGGUCACCUGGGAGGUUUUUUUUCAUACUUUUCCUUGGGAAAUAAGACCAGGUAUUAGUCUCGAAGGUCCAGCCAUGGCCUCUGCCCCACUACAGACUUCACCUUACGAAAUUAAGCAAGCACCACAAGUUACACUUGUGUGGGAAAAGCUGUUAGAUGAAAAGUUGUUCACUACUUUUACCAGUAUUUCCUGUAUUUUGUUGCCCAUUUGCUACUAUUCUGCAGGAAUCUGGCCUUGGCAAAACCUACUUGAUUUUAUAAUUUAGCCUAACAAUGACUGAAAUCCCAGAAAAGAAUAGCAGCACAGUCUUAAAAGUGCCAGCUUCAGCCAAUGACUUUUGAUUUCAAGUAGGGAUGGUCCAUGUGGUAAAUACAUGGAUGAUCUAACAUGUGCACACACAGAUGCAAUACCUAUUAGAGGUGUCUGCUAGAGCAGUUCUCAUUUCUGUUCUAGCACAAGUCUAGAAAGAAGGGACAGAGCUUUUCAUUCCACUGCUGUGGAGAGCUCUCUGUUGGAAUGGGUGUAUAGUGAGGAAGGUUCUGCCUAACUGGAGAGAAGGUAAUCUAGGUCAUUAUGUGUGUUUGGAGAUGAGAGCUAUUUAAAUUGCUAAACACAAUGUCCCAAAUUGAGCCAAAGUGCCCUGCUCUGGAUCUGAUGGGUAGUUCUGUGCGUCGCCAGCACUCUGAAUGGACAUGGCUUUGUGUGCGUGUCUUUUGUUUAGAGUCGAGUUUUCUGUAACUUUUCAACUUUUUUGGGUUACUUUGUCAUUGGAGUCAUUGCCUUCUCUUCCUGCAGAUGGGAAUUUCUGAAGGAUGUAGAGGUUCAGAGGAUUCGUAUAUAUAAUAUAAAUAUAUAUAAAUAUAUAUAUAUAUAUGCAGAAGCUGAAAUUGUUCAGAUUAUUAUGCUUUAUCUUUUCUUGAAAAUGAAAGAAUCCUGAAAGAACAAAAUUCUACUACUACUGUUUAUGAAAUAAACAGGUUUUUUUCUUCUA